ACCGUGCAGGAUGACUGCGAAUGGGAUGCAGAGCCCUCUACAUCUCCUGAUAGGCAUCCUUUCUUCGCAUCAGAUUUCGAUAACCGCAGAAUGGCGGAAAUUUACAGUGACUUGCACUCCCCUCAGUCGCAUCCACAGUUCCUCGUCCAUCAAGUUCAUGGUAUGCGUAGCGGUCUGUAUCCAUACCAGCAACAGUCUGUCUCUGCGAUGCUGGCGCGAGAGUCAGUUCGCAGCAGCAUUGCAGAUCCACUAUACAUCCCGUUGGAGGGCAUUGACGGGUCCUGCUUCUAUCUACAACCUGCAACGAUGGAGGUUCUCCAUGAGUGCCCAAGGAGGACUCCACCAUGCGGUGGUAUAUUAUGUGAAGAGCUAGGCACUGGCAAGACUGUUAUGAUACUUGCCCUCAUUCUUAUGACCCUUGACCGGCUACCUGAGCCGGAAGAGUCCCUCUACCUUGAUGCUAGGCCUGUUUUGACACCCAUUGCAUUCAGGCAUUUUCCUUCAGAGAAAUAUGCUGAUGCCAGAGAGCGGAUUCAGAUACACAGCCAUCAGAGACUUAAUUCCUCACCAGGUGUUCCUACCCUUGUAGAAUGUCUCCUACAUUUUUGCCAGACACAGCCAGACCAGCUGCAAAUGCGGGAGCAUCAAGAGCUUCUUGAACAGCAGCACCUUUGGAAACCUCUUUCGCUGAACCGACCGUUUUACCACCAGUACAAGGACAUGAUUCCGGAUACCACUCACGGCAUGCGAAGGCAAGCGGACCCAGGGCCAAGGACUAUGUUUCUGAGCAGUGCAACUCUCAUUAUUGUUCCAGCAAAUUUGUUCUUGCAGUGGAGAAGUGAAAUUAUGAAGCACUGUCAUGACAUUCUACGGGUAUUGGAGGUGCGGGCUGAGGCCGCAUUAUCCGAUGCUUGUACACUUGCUUCCAGUUUUGAUGCGAAACGGGAUUCUGCAUCACCCCUCCUGCAAGUUAGGUGGAAAAGACUGGUGGUAGAUGAAGGCCAUAUCUCCGGUGCAGUAGACACAAGUUUCAUGCAAUUCGCAAAGGCUCUGAGUGUCGAACGGAGAUGGAUCGUCACUGGGACGCCAACAACAAACCUGUUGGGACUCCACUUUGGCGAAGGAAGCGAGUUGCAAUACCCCGACGAUCCGCCGACCGACACGACGCUAUCGUCAGAAGAGAACACGCCGUUCGAUGAGUCUGUCGAUCCUGACAUCGUUGCGAGACAGUGGACUGCAGAUGACCGGCAAGAUCUACGGAAACUGUCAAUAAUGAUCUCACAGUUCCUUGGAAUGCGGCAGUUCGCAGCCGAAGCUCAUCUUUUUGACACGCAUGUCAUCCAGCCACUCAUGAACCGCCCAACCCCUUGCCCCGGUGCAAUCAAAGUUCUCACACAGGUCAUGGAAUCUGUUAUGAUUCGUCAUAGAAUUGAGGAUGUCGAACAAGACGUACUCCUCCCAUUGCUGCAGCAGGAAACUGUUCUGUUAGAUCUCGACCCUUACGCGCUGAAAUCAUACAAUGCCAUGCAAGCCGCGAUUAUCGUCAAUGCUGUGGAUUCAGAGCGCAUCGAUCGGGACUAUUUGUUUCACCCAAGGAAUGCAGCAAUGCUAGCGCAGACUAUCGAGAAUAUGUCACAAGUGAUGUUCUGGCACUGCGAUGAUGAACGCAUGUUUAACGUCGACGAGAUUGCCUCCAACGCAGACAGUUACCUGCGUACCGCCGGCACACGGAAUGUGACUGAUCGAGAUCGAGUUCUACUGAAGGAAGCAAUGGUUCACGUAAAAUCAGCAGCAAAUGAUCACGUGUGGCGAGCAUUCCAAACCAACUUCUAUAUCCAACAUCGCGUCUGCAAUAUUCCGCUCGAGGUAUACAAAGCAUGGACAAUGCUACCCCAACACCCUGUCUCGUCAUCGAUCACGUUCUUGGCAUCUGACAGGCUGCAAAAGCUCACAACCCUUGUCAUGAACAGGCCACUUUCGCAGAUCUAUCACCUGGUCGCUCACGGGAGAGAUGUUCACGCUGAGGAGAGACACCGACUGGAACUUGAACGUCUCCAGCUUCCGCAUUCGCAAACCAAAGGUAAAGUUUCCAAGAAGAAAGACAGCACUCCUCGAAAGAAAGAGCAGCAAGUCGUGAAGCAAAUAGAUACUCAGGAAAAGCGAGAGGAAGUUCAACGAGAAUUCAACGCGGCUCAGAAACGACUGCUCGCGUACUACCAGGAUGAUAGUGAUCAGACACUUCCUAAUCAUUGCUUCGGGUCGACUGUCCCAUCAGGCACGAUUUCGCCUCUGUUGUCCUCUUCUCCGCUGGCAGCUAUGCGCUUGAAGAAUUCCACGUCAUCAAAACUUGACUACAUACUGAACGAAGUUCAUCAAUAUUCUUCCGCCGAGAAAUUUCUCAUUUUUUCUCGGUCGCCGCUCACGCUGGCGUAUGUAGCGGAGGGUCUCGAGCUGACCCGGACGAGGUUUCUGUACUUCAAAGGACAACGAAGAGUUCGCGAACAUCUCGUCACGACGUUCGAGACUUCGGAGCUGUAUCGAGUCUUUCUCAUGGAAUUGAAACAUGGAGCGCGUGGAUUAAACCUAGUCACGGCAUCGCGAGUCAUAUUCUGUGAGCCUGUUUGGCAGGCAGACGUCGAAACGCAAGCAAUCAAGACAAAGCCAGUCACUGUGAAAACUUUGGCCAUCCGCGGCACGGCAGAGGAAGCCAUGGUGACGCGCCGGGAAGCGUUGAAGCAGAGAGGCGGCAAGCAGAUCAAGAUGCUGGAUGAUCUGAGUAUGCGGGAUUUUAUUGCGAAUCCGAUUUUCCUACAAGAGGCAUCUUCCACGAGGUUAGAGCUCGAUAUCCCACUGUUCAACAUCGCGACCUCUUCGCCGGAUGCCUUGGAACUCGAUGCCACCGCUACGAAUUUUGCGGCAUCCAGACAGGACGCGGCUGGGGCUGGUACUGCGUCCGAAUCUGUCGCAGAAGGCAAAAAGCCGCGCUCAGUAAAACGGAAAGCUGUUAGAUUCGGGUCCGACGAGGAAGCACCUGAUCAGCCAACCACUGGUCCAUCCAGAUCUCAAACCAUCACCACAUCGGAGGAGCGACCUCCCAAGAAGAGACGGGUCCUCAAGCUCAAGUUUGAUGGUGUGGUCAUUGCUAAGACGGGAUUCACCGUAGAUGCGAAUGCUCAAUCGACCUUGCCGAGACACCAGCAGGACGUUAGAGGUCAGAAGAAAACGGU